AACCCUUUUUCUUUUCUCUUUCUUACUCUCUUCUUCUUUCUCAUGCCCAACUCUUCCAUGUCCACCAUCUCUGAUCCCUCACCCCCAGCUCCUCCAUGUCAUUCUCUUUUUUAUUUUUUUGUUUUUUUGAAAAUAGUUUGAUGAGUUUUUUUGUUUCUUUGAAACGGAAGAAUGUGAUUUGCCGUCCUCGUCAUCAACGGCAAUCCCAUAAGGAACGGCCAAUUUUGCAGAGCUAGAAGAAUAUUAGCCUUAAUUGCUAAUUUACUUAAUGGUUGCAAAAGUUCAAGCUAAUAUAUUCAUAUCUUCCACCUGGAUUUGAUUUAUUUCCGUAAGGUUUUUCAAUUCAGAAAAUGGAAUUGAAAAAUUGUACGGCUAGCUCUUCGAUUGAGAUUUAAUUAUGGACCACUAUUGAUAUAAAUCACAUUAAUCUGCAAUUUUUGACCAACUAGUUAUGAUACCUUUUUCUGUGUAUGGUGAAAAGGAGAGAAGCAAUAUUAUGUUUUGAUUUCAAUAGAGAAGCAAAUCUGUGUUAACAACAUCACCAUGUGAAGUUCCAAAACAUAAUUAUUUGGGAAAAGAAGUAGUGCCAAUUUUUUCUUUUUCUCUUCUUUGCUUCACACAGUUCACUGUCCAAUUUAACUUAAAGAAAAACACCCUUCAAACAAUUUAUUCACCUUCAUUUACACAUAAAAAGAAAAAGAAAAAAAGGAGAAUGACACGGAGGAGCUGGGGUGAGGGAUCGGAGAUAGUGGACAUGGAAGAGUUGCGCAUGGAGAAAGAAGAAGAGAGUAAGAAAGAGAAAAGAAAAGGGUUGGGUGACAAAAUUAUAUCCGUGUCGGAUUGGGUUAAGUUGGUGAGUGAAAAAUGGGUUGGGUGUCGGAUUGGGUUAAGUUGGUGGGUGAAAAAUGAGUUGGGCAUAUAUGAUGACGCCACUUGACAGACCGUUUAACAUAAGGGUAUAAUUGGCCCUAUCGUAUAACGGUAAGGUUAUAAUUGACCUUAUAGUAUAACGAGCCCUGUAGUAUAACGAAGGGUUUAUUUCCCAAAGUUCAGGGUAAUUUUGGCACUUUUCCGUUCUUAAAAUCUGAACUGUGUCAAUAUAAAUGGGAAGAGAAGGAGUAUUAAAUUAGCAUACGCUUUGUUGCUGUCGCAGAGUAACUGUCCCUACUCACUAAGUGGAGUUUGUGUUUGCUGCUACAAACUUGAAAGAGAGAGUUUUUUUUUUUUUUUUCUAGAGUGAUACGUACACAUGGAGAAUUCAUCAAGUGAAAAAGGCGAAAUGAUGGAAGAGCCUUUGUUAGAUGCUUCUGAAACUCAGAAGGGUGGCUUCAGAACCAUGCCUUUCAUCCUUGGAAGUGUGGCUUUGAUGUUUGCGGCGUUGUCUGCUCUAACUCCAAAUAUGAUCCUGUAUUUGAUGAAUGAAUAUCACAUGGAUAUGACUACUGGAUCAAAUAUUCUCUACAUCUGGUCAGCAGUUACCAACAUCGUUCCAGUUGUUGGGGCCUUUAUGGCGGAUUCUUUUGUAGGUCGGUUCCAGAUGAUAGGGUUGGGAUCUGUUGUCACUCUUGUGGGGAUGUUUCUGUUUUGGCUGACAUCAGUGAUUCCGCAAGCAAGGCCCCCACCCUGUGUUGAUUCUAACAACAUUUGCAGAUCAGCAGAGAUGUUCCAACUCUUCUUCCUGUGUUUCUCUUUGGGGAUCAUUGCCAUUGGAGAUGGUGCAAUCAAAUCCUCAUCUUUAGCAUUUGGUUCGGAUCAGUUGAAACGGGAAGUAUAUCAAGGAAAUGCGUGUGCAAUGGAGAGCUACUUCAGCUGGUACUAUGCUAUGUGCAGUUUGUCUGUCCUGGUUGCUCUCACGUGUCUUGUUUAUAUCCAAGUCAACAUGGGGUGGGCUUUAGGUUUUGGAGCCCUCGUUUUGCUAAUGUUGUUUUCAACUCUUGUAAUUUAUUUGGGUACUCCAUUCUACGUGAAGUUGAAGCCUAAAUCGAGUUUAAUCACUGGCCUUCUUCAAGUGAUUGUAACCUCUUAUAGAAAGAGAGGUCUCAAAUUGUCGUCACUGAGUGCAGAUAUACUAUAUUAUCAGAAAAAAGGGUCAGCCAUAGUUCUUCCAAGUGAAAAACUAAGGUUUCUGAAUAAAGCUUGCAUUGUACAAGAUUCUCAGCUAGAUUUGAGCCCAGAUGGAGAAGCCAUAGAUCCUUGGCGCCUUUGCACUGUAGAUCAAGUAGAAGAGCUGAAAGCAUUAAUCAAAGUUGUUCAAAUCUGGUUGACGGGAGUUGUAAUGUCCAUAAAUAUAAGCCAGAACUCUUUCCCAGUUCUUCAAGCGACUACCAUGGAUCGACAUAUUGGUUCCAGCUUUGAAAUCCCAGCUGGCUCCUUUGGCAUCUUUGGUGUCAUCUCUGCUAUACUUUGGAUUCUCCUCUACGAUUCUUUGAUUCUUCCCAUAGCAUCAAAAUUGACUGGAAAACCUGCUCAUUUCAGCACAAAAGAGAGAAUGGGGUUUGGUUUAUUUCUUUCUUUCUUGUCAGUCUUAGUGGUGGCAGCUGUAGAAUGUGUCCGGAGAAGUAUCGCAAUCAAGGAGGGCUACUCAGAUGAUCCACAAGGCGUGAUCCCUAUGUCAGCAAUGUGGCUACUUCCCCAGAAUUCCCUUGCUGGCUUUGCAGGGGCCCUGCACGCCAUUGGCCAAAACGAAUUUUAUAUUUCAGAAUUUCCUAGAAGCAUGUCAAGUGUAGCUUCUGCUCUAUUAGGAGUUGGUACGGGAGUGGGAAGCUUACUAGCUAGCUUUUUAAUGAGUACCAUCGACGACUUGACUAAAAGAGGAGGGCACGAGAGUUGGAUAUCAAGCAAUAUAAACAAGGGCCAUUAUGACUACUAUUAUUUGGUUCUUGCAGGAUUUAGUCUGGUUAACAUACUGUGUUAUAUUGUUUGUAGUAGAGCUUAUGGUCCCUGCAAAGGAGAGGAAAGAGAGGUUAUGGAAGAAGAGAAGCCAUGAAAUUGUACAAGAAUUUAUAGUUUCUUACUUGGUGUAUGAGAAGUGUGGGAAAGUAUUGUAGUGUGCUCGAAGAAAGUGAGGAUGGUGUAGUGAAAAGAGAAUUUAGAAAACAGAAAAAAUUAAAGUCUCCAACUUAUUUGCUACAAAAGAGAAUAUUAUUUUAUUGAAGGAAGGUGUUCUUAUUGGUGGAGUUUUGGACUAAGUCACUCAACAACUAGUCUAGAGUUGUUUGGGUCAUACUAUAUUGUGGGGUUGUGGUAUUCUAGAGGGGAUAGGCAAGUAUCAUGUCAUUCUAUAGAAUAGCUUAGUAGUAUGUAUACUUCUUUUGGGCAUGGCUGAUGCUAAUGUAUGUAUAAUGUAUCAAAUGAAGUUGUAGUCACUAAGCUUUGUGCUAGGAAGAUAGUUUUCGCAUGGGGUACUAUAGCCUUAUAUACUUGAGCAAAAAUUGUACAAUUCUUUUGGGUACAUAUAUAUACCUUUUGAGUAGCUACAUGUUGGUACAGCCAAAAUUAUCUUAUCAGGGAAGAUUAAAUUGAA